AUGUCAGCCAACAAUCCCCCCUUCAUGGGGAGCGAGAUGCCUCCAUCUGGCACUCAGACCAACAGUGACGCUGACUUCGAGUUGCGGGUCGAGGCUCUCCGUCGCAAGAAACAACAAUAUGAUGAGGACCGCAAGGCCCAGGGUCCUCACCAGGCUCCAGAUAUCCUAACUCCGCCUCCCUCCUUCAGCCCUACAGAUAACGGCACACCGCAACUCGCUCCUGUAGCAGACUCAGUUCCAGGUCACCCUCCGCAACCUAUGCAGGCAGAGUCGACCACUCUGGACCUGGGUACCUCUUCAUCCAACCCUGUUGAUCUGACUGGAUCUCCCAAGGCUGGAUCGGCGGCAGCCAAAUUCCUGGCUGACCUGAACGAUCAUGCCGGCGCAACUUUGGGCCUCUCCAAGGGAGGAGCUUCCAAGUCUCGACAUGCACCUACACCGAUCAAGCCACCCGCCGCCGCCAAAGAGCGUACCCAUCGAGAUGCGUCCUCUCUCGCACCGCCGGCUCCCCUUAAGCCAGGUGGUGAGGAGCAAGCUCGUAUGUCUAAGCCAGCCAAGCUCCCAACGACUGAACCGACCACCAUCUCGCCCAAGCUUGGGAACCCUGACCCGGCUCCAGCUGUGGUGACUACUGCUGCUCCGAGUGCCACUGCUCUGAGUGCCAUCCCGGCCCCAUUGCCAGACCCACCGGCGCCGCCAGUAAUUAGCCUUCAUGAUGCCGCGGCCAUGUACAAGGAAAUUGAGGCCAGAGUUGUGCGCAAGCCGCGCACCACAGAGCUCAACGCAAAGGUCCCGGAGCUGCCGCGUCCCACCCAGGUGAAGGCGGCGGUAGAGAGGUCCAAGAACAGGGCUCAAGAUCGGCUGCACCAAGCCGAGGAGCGGCGAAAGGCGACUAAAAAGGAGAAGAAGAGGAGCGAGAUCCUGGCCAGGCUGAAGACCAUCCACGAGAACGAGGGUCUUUCCCAAGCUGAGCUCGAGAAGCGGGCAGACCAACUGACCGAUAACUGGGCUCGGGAAACUGAGUACCAGAGGAAGAAGAGACUAGAGAGGAAAGAGAAGAAAGAGAACGCCAAUGCAAACGACGAGGUCAAGGUCAAUGCAAACGACAAGGCCAAUGCAAAUGACAAGGCCAAUGAUGACCGCACCGUUGCUCCUACGCCGGCGGCGAAUGCAUCUCAACUCGAGCGAGUGGGACUCAAGCCGGACCAGCCGGUAGUCCGCUACUCGAUCUUCUUCACCCCCGAGUACACAGAGGGCGAAAAUAUCGACGAUCGCGUCAUCAGGGACGACGAGUCCUUCAUCGACAAGAACAAGGCCAACGAAAAAGCAGUCAAGCUUCUCACUCAGUGCCGCUACGAGACGAUCAGCUUCAAGAAGCCCGAGGUCCAGGACAUCCACCACUCGUACCAGCGCGACGGCAUGUUUUUCGGAACCCUGGUCCUGACCAACGGCCGCAAGAAGCUCCUCUGGGUCGACCAGGAGAUGGUCCAGGCUUGCCAGAUAGACCCGAAGCAGUACAACGGCAUGGUCCUGAGCGAGAGCUUCCUGGAAUGCUUCGGCAACCGCUACGACGUCUUCUCGAUCACCACCGUCAAAAUCCGUCCGGUGAUCCGAAUCCGAGCUCGUCCUGCCGACCAAAGCCAGCCAGCUGGAGACGCUGCCGACCAAGGCCAGCAAGAUGGAGGCGAUUCUACCGACCAAGGCCAGCAAGAUGGAGGCGAUUCUGCCGCCGCAGCACCUGCCUUGGUCGACACGGAUGACGAAGACGACGAAGACCCAGGUGACAAUACAGAGGAUAUCAUUCGGUUCGAGGCCGGAUUCGUCCAUCUCGCAUCGGCCAACGACUUUGCCCUACAACUCUUCAAGCGACUCACCAUGCCCAAUGCUCGGAUCAAUUCCCAGCACUACUGGAUGAAGAACGUCGCUACGCUGACUAGUCAGGUGAAGCAGCAAGCAGAGGAGAGUGAGCUCGAUUGGGCACUCACCCCGCUCGACAUGCGACUCAACGGAGACCCGCAGUGCGGUCACGACUUUAUCCGGAUGGCUGUCACAGUCUUCCCGGCCAAGCUUCAGGGCCCCAUCCACCUCGAUAGAGCUCUCGUCCCGGAGCCGGCCCAAGAGGAGGCGGAGGACGGAGAUGGCAUGGUCGUGGAUUCGUGA